ACCGUGCAUGCCAAGCGUGCAUUUUCCAGACAAAUUGACCUGCCAUGCGUCACUGUGCCCUGCCAGCAGCACUACUUGCAGUGGUAACUGGGGAAGGCAACCCGAGCUGCUGGCAAGAGGGCUUCUCCUACAGCCUUUGCUGUGGUGAGCAGUAUGGCCCAAACGGGAACGAGGAAUGCUGGGAUGGGAUGCACACCUUCAAGACGUGUUGCAUUUCUGGGGAUUCCUUCGCAUCCUCCGAGAACUUUGACGACCUCAUGACACGAGGGAGCACAGGAGAUGCUUCAGUGCUCCCUGCCAUCAUGCAGCUCUUGAGCACAGGCGGCGAAGACUGCCCCAGCGUGGCCGGGCAAUGUGAGGGCGCCGAGGGCAUUAGCGGCGCUCAGUGGAAGGCCUUUUUCGAAGCCUCCAGUGUCUCAAAGUUCAUGCGGUUGCAACCCUUCCCUCCAGAUGGCGACCCCCGGGAGCUUUGGUCCCUUUGCUGCGCCAACCGGACCAUCAGCGUGACCGAGCAUGCAGAGCGCUUGUGGCCACGCUGCCGUGCGGGCGCCGCCGCGCUGGUCAUGGCAGUGCUGCCGCAGCUGGAGCUGCGCUUGGGGCAAGAGUCGGCGAUGGAAGGACUCGAGGUGGCGGGGAGGAUGGCCGAGCAGUUAGAGGCUGAAGCUGAUUGCAAGUGGUUAUAUCAGACCAAUCGGGCCGCUUGGUCCCACUUCACAUGGUUCCUCUCAGAGGCCAAGCCAGGUGGGCCAAUGCCCUGUGGGCCAGGAUCGCCCAAAAUCUUUGUGGCGGAGCCAGCCGAGUUCAAGUCGCUCUGGGCCAAUCCCUUGUCCUGUGCGGAGAGGGGCUUGUGCUUCACUGAGGUGUGGGUGCAUGAGUUCCUCCGCCGCGCCGAGUGUCGAGUGAGCCAAGUCAGUGAGGCGGAUUUCGUCUACGUGCCCAUUUACAUGUCCUGCAACAACCUGCACGAGGCCUUGGAGUCCAACUCCCAAGAACGAGUGGCCUUGGAGGCCUUCAUGUCCAGGCUCACGCUAGAAGAGGGCCCGCCAUUGUUGAUCGUAUUCUCCUGCGAGAAGUGGAAGAUGCACUGGAAGAAUUGGCUUUCCUCAACGCCGCGAGGAUACGUGGCAGCGACCGUUGAAGCUAGGCCAUUGGAAAGCGACAGCUUUGUCACAUGGCACUGUGCAGAUUGCUUCCGCUUCGGCUUGGACCUGGUGAUUCCAUCGGCGGUGGCCUCCGCCGAAGCGCGGCGCUUGCAAGGCUUCAAUCGGCAACCGGCGGACCGAACCUUGUUGCUUACAUGGAGAGGGGAGCAUGCAGAGUCCAGUGCAAGGUCUGACGUGCGGCAAGGCUACUUGGAGGUGAAUGAGACGGUACGGCCAAGGAUCCUUAAGACCUUCCAGUCCAAAGAAGAUGCAGAUGUUGGUCGCUCCUCCAUGCGCUAUAGCUUUCUCAUGGGCAACGCGCAUUUCUGCUUGGUGCCUCGAGGCCGAGGAUGGUGGACGGUGCGGCUCUUCGAAAGUUUCUACGCUGGAUGCAUCCCGGUCCUGUUGAGCGACGAUGUAGAGCUCCCCUUCCAAGAGUUUCUGUCUUGGGAGACCUUCUCAGUGAAGUGGCCCAUGGAUCGGGUGGACUUGGGUCUCUACGAGCACUUGCAGCACUUGCAGCAGGAUGAGGUGAAGUUGGAACGGCUCCACCGGAUGGUACGGGAGGUGGCCUGUUGGUUUGAUUAUUUGCAACCGAUGGAGGCCUCUUGCUCUCCUUAUCAAGGCUUUUUGAAGCUACUGGCUUUGUCCACGUCACGGCAAGUUCGAGAUCCACCCGUGCUACGCCGAUUCUGGUUCUAAAUUUGGGCGCCAAAGGCCAAAGAAACCAUCCUAAGAAUCUCGAUUUGGAAUUUGGCCCUUGUCUGAAUCAGAUGGGGUCAACAGGCAGGGCAUGAACAGCCAUUGCAACACUGCAAAGUUCGCGUCUGAAUAAGUCAAGCCCAAGAACCUGCAGAUCGAUCUUUUCACGCUUUUGCAUGCAGCUCUUCAGCUUUUGGCACGUUUUCUGAGCAUCUGAGCGGAUGGCGUGACUGGACAGAACGCUUGCCAACGAUCCAUCGUUGUUUUGGACUCCCAACGAGACCACGAGAACUGAAGCGACUGCGAUCGCCCAUCUGGGCGGCUGCCAACGCUGCGGCGCGACGGGACGGCGACACGUAGCGGCUGACGCGCUGAGCACCGCGGCACGCCACAGGUCACGCCGGUCGUCACGAAAAAAGAGCCGCAGCCACCGGCCGGAAGGGAACGGAUGGGAGUGGAG